UUGAAACUUAAAAAAAUAUCCUUAUAAAUCGUGAACGCAACCGGCCAAUCCCCAUCUGACCAAAAUGUACGGCAUGGUCGGAUCCGGAAGCGGAAAUGGGGCCACUGGAAGCGGAAGUGGAAGUGGCGGGGUUGGAGAAAGUCGAAAUUCUUCCACGCGAUCAAGAAGAUCUCUGCGUGACCAACAGGCACGCAGAUCUCUGCGCAACUAUCGCCAGCAGAGUCUGCUAUGUCUGCAUGAACGUGCAAGCGUGCGUCGAGGCUUAGGUGAAACAUGUGGUGGAGGUGCGGUGGAAGUGAAUGGAAAUGAAGGAGAUAAUGCUUUUUCCGCUGCAAGUGCAAGAAGUGGUAGUAAAGUUCUAUCCACGGUCAGUGGAAGUAGUGAAGAGAUUAGUGCGGUUAGUGUUUCAUGCACUGCGGGAGGAGCAGGUAGUGGCUGUAGUGGAUCAGGUGGUAGUGGAUUUACGAGGUCCACUAACCGACCUGGACGUCAGUUCCAUCGCGGAGGUUCGAUGGAUCUCGCGUACACAGCUGGAGGCACAAAUCCAGGGAUUUUCAGGACCAAUUCCAAGGUGAUGUCGGUGAGCGUGAUCGGCAAACGGGACAUGAACUGCACCAACACGCCUGUCCCAGAAAUAAAGGACACAAAAGUGGGACGAUUGGCGCGACUCAAGAGUACUUUGUCCCAGGGCAUCCUCAAGACCGAGACUGACACGAGUGGAGGCAAGGAUGCCGUGGAUGAGGUGAAGGAAGAGUGGGCCGUGUCCGGGGAUGUGUCCCCCACACACGACAUCUACUGCUGCUCUGCCACGGCCGUGCCCCCUGGCAAGAGCGCUGCACACUUCAGUUACUGCUGCGGUGUCAGGUACUACCAUCGAAAUGGUAAUUGUGAGGCAAACUCAGCACCUUCAUCACCAGGGCAUCACCACUACCAUCACUACGAGCACAGCCAUCACCACCUCGCGUCGCUCUGCAGACGUCUGCUCAGGAUUAUAAAGGAGGCUUGGACAGGGGUCAAGUUUGGUUCAGGCAUCGAAAUGGAGGAAAUGGAACAGGAACGUCGGUACAGGCCCGAGCCCCUGACGCGACUUUGUCGAGACACGCGUUUUAGCAAGAGUCAAAUACAGCGACUGUACCGCAGCUUCAAGGAGUUCUGUCCGACUGGAGUCGUAACUGAAGAAGCUUUCAGAGAAAUGUACAGUCAGAUCUUCCCUAGAGGAGCCAUCAGCAGCCUGUACGCCACUUUCGUUUUUAGCACCCUGGACCCACAGCAAGAAGGAGUUGUCAGUUUCGAGGCUUUGGAUUCGAACCAAGAUGGCGUGAUCACAGUGGAUGAGUUCGUCGAAGGCUGCACUCGCAACGCCAACAUCAUCAACAACCUGGACACUGUCGCGCAGAGCCUCACUACCCACUGACACUGAGAUGCCACUGACACUGAGAUG